AUGACUCAAGAUCCCCUCGAUUACUCGAAUGUCAACUCCUCCUAUGUGCCUCCAAAAUCCCCCAACACGACGACGCUGCUGGAAUUUAUCAAAUCUCGACCUGAUUUGAGCAAACUGUCAGAAGCCCUAGACAAAGUCGGCGGCUUCCCCGAAGUAUUCGACACGGAUCCCGCCUGGAAAUUUACCUUCUUUGCCCCGAACAACGAUGCCUUUGAGAAGAAUGUGGGCAGAUAUUUCAAUACUUUUGAGGCUACUCCAAAAGGGAAAUGGUGGCUGGGCAAUAGCAUCCUGCAUCACUACGUUCCCAAUUCAAGCUUAAAGUCCACCGAUUUCAAUGAGACUUAUCGACAGUUCCAGGUGAUUAGUCUCAUCCCACUCAGCCAUCAGCACAAGUAUCCCUUGCUCACACUCCUGCGCCUGUUCAUCCCUUAUCCAUCCUGGUUCUUCCCAAUCCCCGGUCCAUUUUCUCUCCGUGCGCUUAUCGAAGAUACGAAGAACGAGACGGGUAUAAUCACAUCUCAUUUUGGCGAUAUUCAUAAUCUCCGCGCUAUUCCUAUCUGGCGCAUGCGCGACACGCCCCUGCGAUCGAUUUACCGGCUCUAUGAGCUCCACCUCGCCGAUCAUUACGAGCUGGUGGGAUGGGAGACGGAAUAUUUCUUUUGUCGGCGAGACUGGAAGCUCCGAGACAUACCAGACCCGAAAGAUCCUGAUCCGCUUCGUUCUGCGAUUGUCGCCUCCAUUGUGGAGGAAUUACAUUAG